UCGGGCGCUUCCAGUCAGCAGCGUCUAACGGAGGUGUGAAGAUAAGAACAGAUCGUCUGGAUUUACUGAUACCGAACUGAUCAAUCAGCAGCAGGAUGAACAGCGCAGCCGUGUAUCCCCCUCCCACUGCCCCCGCCGCCACCGCUGGCAACAUGUUUGGCACCGUGCCCGGCUAUGAAGGAAUCAUGGCAGGAGGAGGAGGUUACCUGCCGCCUCCGAUGCCCGUGGAGCCUACAGCCCCGCCUCAGCCUGGCCCCGUACCUGAUGACUGGAACAUCCCCACUCUGACGGAGGAUGUGGCUCGUGAGGCGUUCAAGAGCUACGCAUCGGCUCAGUGCUGCUACGGAAAAGAUCCCGCCACUGACGGAGUCAUCACAAGCCUCGAGCCAUUCAACACCUACAGGUAUCGACUGGAGACGUACACUGAGUCCAGGUCAACUGAGUGGGCCCACAAACCUCAUGAAGGCGAGCCGGCUGACUUCUACACCCAGACGGCCCCGCGGCCCUGGGAGAUCCAGGCCAUGGCCCCCAGCCUCUUCACUGAUCAAAAGGAGGAGAUCCGCGUGCCGUUCACCUCCUCCAUCAAGGAGUGCCACAAGUGCCAUUCCACUGGGACGAUGCCGUGUGAAGAGUGCAAAGGGAAUGGAUAUGAAAAACUGUGCUGGGUGUGUGACGGCACCGGGACGAAGGAGAAUGACAGCUGCUCUCGCUGUAACGCGACAGGCAAAGACUUAUGUACCCACUGUGAUGGUCAGGGGACAAAGAUGUGUGACACCUGUGAAGGAAAACUACAACUGCUGACUUACAUCAAGCUGAAGGUGGAGUGGACCAACAACAUAGAGGACCACGUGGUGGAGCAGAACUCUGGUCUGAAAGUCGAUGAUCUUCGUUCAGUGAGCGGGAAGGAGCUGUUCAAGAACAACCAGUACCUGCUCUACCCGCUGCUCGGGUUCCCCAACCCGGCCAUCUCUGAGGCCUCUGAGCGUCUCAUCAGGGAGCACCAGAGCAAGUACGCCCAGACCUCCAGGAUCCUGCAGCAGAGGCAGACAGUCGAGUUGAUCCCGAUCACUAAAGUGAACUACAAGUGGAAAGGCGACUCUCACCUCUACUACGUCUACGGCAAUGAGCACCAAGUCAGCGCCGACAAUUACCCACAAACCUGCUGCUGUGUCAUCCUGUAGACACACACAACCACUAGGGUUGCACAUCUCCCUGUGAUAAACCAUUCGAUUCGCAUCUAGAUACACAGGUUACGAUACGAUUCAAAAACGAUAUACUUUUAUUUGCUGAUCAUUCCUGAGUGCAGGUUCGAUCUGAGUGACAUCGUUUACAUUUUCCUUUAAUCAUAUAACCUAAUAAAACAUUGCCCGGUGUUCAGCGGACACAGUCAUGUUCUGGGAUAUUAAAUAAUGAAUUUCUAUAUACAGACGUAAAUAAUAGACCAAUAAAUAAGGAAUAUAUGAUAAAGGCAUUCCUGUGUCCCUGAGCAGGAAACAGUUCACAGUAAAAACAGCUGAUCCAGCUGUGAUCCGCUGCCGUCGUCAUUAGAAACAGACGUCGCUUCACGUGACGAUUAGGAGGGAAGGACGUCUCAUGUCUCUUAAAACAUUUCGCAAGUGAUGCAAGUGAACGGCGCAAGUGAGGGAAGCGGGGAGGCAAAAUUAGAGAUUUUUUUUUUUUUUUCCCAGGACAAAUAUUUUAUUUAUAUCAGUCUCACAAAUGGUGGACACACAAAAAAUAUAUACGUUUUUAACAACAUCCACAUGUAAACCAUAUGUCUUUGGCUUUUUUUUCUUCUUUUCCGCUAAGAAAAUAUUAAAUAGCUUGUAACAUAUUUAACUGUAAGAAAAUAGACAUUAUUCUUUAUAGUCUGUCUGUCCACAGAAUCAUCUGAAGUAUUGCAUAAUCUUAAAGGUCAAUAUUAAUAAUAAUUGUAAUUAAGUACAGAUAGUAAAUAUGCCUUCAUAAGAUAAUUAUACUUUUUCAAGGGUUUGACUGACAGUGCAUCUCUUACACCUGGUGCUAACAUUUGUUUAGUGUCACUGUGCAUCAUUAUAUUUCUUUUUUUUACAAUAUUUUAACAUUCUUUUACAGAACACAUGUACCAGCUCUGGCAUUUAAGGAGCACGGCUUGAACAACAAACUAUAUUAAACUGAGUAAUUCAGUGCA